UUUACGCAAUCGAACACUAUCCAUGUUGCCUUCCUUGACAACGGGAGGCAUGGCGGACUCAAACUCCUCUGUUCGCAUCUCCGGAUUUAUUCUUGGUUCAUUAAUGUUUCAGCACUUUAACAGUGAUUCUGAUGUAGAAGGUCUUAUUCUUGGGGAGAUCAAAGCUGAAGCGAGAAGCAACAUCACUGAUUCUCAAAUCGACAACAUACAGUUUGAGCAUACAAUAAAAAUUCAGAAACAUAUAUCCUGUCGCAAGCUCAAUAGACAAAUUAAAUAUGUACAAAUGAACAGGAGCUCUCUGUCUAUGCUGCUACCAGGGCAACUAUCAACUUCAACUUUAUUUGACUUUCCUAUCCAGGAGAAUGUGAUUGGUUGGUAUAAACAGCAGAGAAACACAGAUCAACAAAUGACCUUCAGAGAGCAAGUAGUCCAUGAGAACCUGAAAAGAGCAGUCACCAAUCAGGAGCUGAUCUUUCUGCUACUGACACCCAGUGAGGUCACAUCAUCAGGCUCCACUCACAAACUGGAGUAUGCAGUCUACAGAUCACAUUGCAGUUGUCAAUACCGCAGUGUUCCUGUCCGGGUCAGCAACCUGGGUUUGUUGGAACAGCAGGACUACUGGAGACUGUCAGCAUCUUGUUCGUCAGUCAACUACAACCAUGCUGUUUGGAAACACAGAUAUAGAUUCUUAUUCUUAGAUGGAUCCCUGCAGGUGGAUGAGAUUAAUGAAAUGAACAACUCCUUGCAAGUCGAACUAAAGAUGGCAUGUAAGAAAGUGGAGGAGAGUGAGCGAUUGGUCGAGGAGCUGCUUGCAGAGGUUUCGUCUCUAAGGACUGUCAGUGAGAGGAAACAAGAGCAGAAAAAAAAUGGAGACUCCACUCCAGCCCAGUCUCAGGAGAAUGUACUGCUCUGUGAGGCCAUGAAGACACUGUUCCCUGGGGCAGCUCUACUCCAAGCACAGGCUCUAACCUUCCAGGGUUUCCCCGUGCCUGAGUUCUGCUGCAACACUGACCAUGGCAUAGACGACACCACAACACUGCCUUUGAUCCUGACUCAUAGUCCCCAAAGCCAGGAAGGGGAGGCUUGGUAG